UGACUGUAUCGUGUGAUGCAUAAUGAUCUCGCCAUCGCCAGGGUAGGCUUAAGUCCAGACGCGAGCAUUACGGCGAGUAUUGAGGGAGUGACGCGUCCACAGUCAACAGAAGGGAAACAGCGGGUCAGCCCAUCGCCGGUUGAGACAAUGGCUGACGCCGAGAAGGGUCUCGUCGGCGCCGAUGCUAACGCUGAAGCGCCCACUUACGGGUCGGCCGAUACCUCGGCCACGGGCAAGCCACCGCCCUUCGAUGAGGUACCCGGGGAAGAGCCUCCCUCCUACUCCUCGGUGAUGCAGGAGUUGAGGGAUGCCAAGAAGACUUCAAGUGGCACUGUGGAUUUCAUCACCAAGGUCUUGACCAUUCUCAUCAACACACUUUUAUUUACGAUCUUGAUGGGAGUUGCGCUCAUAAUUCCGAUCGCAAUGGUCGUCAUGGGUGCUGUCCACAUCAACCACUGUCCCGUGCAAAAGCUCAUCCCCAUCUUUCUCAUCGUCUCUGGUUCCGUGUACAUCGUCAAGACCAUCCUGGAUCUGGUCGUCCGCUACCGGCGGCGCAAGGAGGGCGGCGCUGCCGAGAGUUCCUACCUGAAGGAGAACGCCGUCAGUCGGCUCUUCGCUUGCAUCUUGCUCGUCUUCUUCAUCCUGGGUAAUGUCUGGGUGUACGCCAACUUCCGCCCAGAUGACGACCCCUCCAGCCCACGCUACUGCUACCCGCCCCUCUACUACUUUGCCUUCUGGAUCAUCACUUUGACCUACAUCUUUUUCUUUCUGAGCUGCUGCUGCGCCUGCUGCACCGUCUCCCUGCUCUUUUUAAGUCUGGCCACAUAAAGCUUGUAAAAGGUUUACUUGGACGCGGCAGACUGGAGGCACACUUGCAUGCGAAAAAAAAUCUUGGUGCUUAAAAAUAGGAUAGUGUCUGAGAGUUUAAAGUGCAAUGUACGCAGCAUCUGAAGUUAAAAAUCACAUUCUUUAUUCUGUUUUGUAUGUUCACGUCUUUUUUUCAUUUCGGAAGGUGCAUACUGGUCCUCUUGACCUCCAACCUUAAAAAGUGUUGUAAUCAGUUGUUUGGGUCCCGUUUUGACCUUUUCACACCAGCAUUAAUUAAGCAAGGCAGACGAGGAAGAUCUCAACAGAACCGAUUAUACGCAACUCAGUUUGGGUGGGCAGACAUCGUUUGCUGCAUGCUUAGAUGAUUUGCAAGUGUUGCAAGACACUUUUCGGCACAUUUCUCAAAAGAAAUGUGGGAACUGUGUACAUAUUGAAAUCAAUGCGCAGAUUUAGUGGAAUACAUGCGUGAACAUGAACGGCAACUUUCAGUACAUAUAACCUGUGCUGUGUUUUUGUGAGUCAGUCAUUCGUUUAUAGUCUUCAUGAUAUUUGUGUUGCUUUUUCAUUGAGAAUUGUAAUUUGGUAAUUCAAUCUAAUUUGGUAGAUGCAUGAUUUAGAGUAAAUUAUAUUAAAAUAUAUUUAAUGGAGAA